UCAGCUCUCUCAUAAGAAGCUUUCUACAGUUCUUCUUCUUCUUCUUCUUCUUCUUCCUCACUCUCGUUGUUGUUGUUUCAAUGGCUUCGAUUCCGUACAGACUUAUGGAGGAGGAGGCCGAAUCGUCUCUUUCUUCUUCGAAAGAAGAAUCUAGCCCUGUGGACGCCGUACUCUUCGUCGGAAUGUCUCUGGUGCUCGGUAUAGCUUCAAGGCAUUUGCUUCGAGGAACUAGGGUUCCUUACACCGUCGCUCUCCUCGUUAUCGGAAUCGCUCUUGGAUCCCUCGAAUAUGGAACUCAUCAUAACCUUGGCAAGGUCGGCCAUGGGAUUCGUAUUUGGAAUGAGAUCGAUCCAGAGCUUCUUUUGGCUGUGUUUCUUCCUGCUCUUCUUUUCGAGAGUUCGUUUUCAAUGGAAGUUCACCAGAUCAAGAGGUGUCUGGGACAGAUGGUGCUACUUGCUGGCCCUGGAGUUCUCAUUUCAACGUUUUGUCUUGGAUCGCUUGUUAAGCUUACGUUUCCGUAUGACUGGGACUGGAAAACGUCGUUGUUGCUUGGGGGACUUUUGAGUGCUACUGAUCCUGUUGCUGUUGUUGCUUUGCUUAAAGAGCUUGGUGCUAGUAAAAAGCUAAGCACUGUUAUUGAAGGGGAAUCCCUGAUGAAUGAUGGGACUGCAAUUGUGGUUUUCCAGUUAUUCUUGAAGAUGGUUUUGGGGCAUAGUUCUGACUGGAGUUCUAUAAUCAAAUUUCUGGUUAAAGUGGCACUUGGAGCUGUAGGCAUUGGUCUGGCUUUUGGCAUUGCCUCAGUUCUUUGGCUCAGGUUCAUAUUUAAUGACACCAUAAUAGAGAUUACUCUAACGAUUGCAGUGAGCUACUUCGCAUAUUACACUGCUCAAGAGUGGGCUGAUGCUUCUGGUGUUUUGACAGUGAUGACUUUGGGCAUGUUCUAUGCUGCAUUUGCGAGGACAGCAUUUAAAGGUGACAGUCAAAAAAGUUUGCAUCACUUCUGGGAAAUGGUCGCGUAUAUUGCAAAUACUUUGAUUUUUAUCCUAAGUGGUGUUGUCAUUGCUGAAGGCAUUCUCGACAGCGAUAAGAUUGCCUACCAAGGAAAUUCAUGGGGAUUCCUCUUUCUACUGUACUUUUACAUCCAACUAUCGCGUUGCGUUGUUGUUGGAGUUUUAUUUCCGUUGUUAUGUCGUGUUGGCUAUGGCUUGGACUGGAAAGAAGCCAUUAUACUCGUAUGGUCUGGUUUGAGGGGUGCAGUGGCGCUCGCGCUUUCUUUAUCUGUGAAACAAUCAAGCGGAAAUUCAUUUCUCAGCACAGAGACGGGAACAUUGUUCAUAUUCUUCACAGGUGGAAUUGUAUUCCUAACUCUGAUAGUUAAUGGAUCCACUACCCAAUUUGUUCUACGCCUUCUUCGUAUGGAUGGUUUACCAGCCACAAAGAAACGAAUAUUGGAAUAUACAAAGUACGAAAUGCUGAACAAGGCCUUGCAAGCAUUUCAAGACCUAGGAGACGAUGAGGAGCUAGGACCCGCUGACUGGUCUACCGUUCAAAAUUAUAUUUCGAGCCUAAAAGAUUCAGAAGGGGAACUAGUUCAUCCUCACAAUGGUUCUAAAACUGAAAAUCUUGACCCUAAGAGUUUAAAGGACAUACGUAUACGGUUCUUAAAUGGUGUCCAAUCAGCUUACUGGGAGAUGCUUGAUGAGGGCAGGAUAUCUGAAAAUACUGCUAAUAUUCUGAUGCAGUCAGUGGAUGAGGCAUUGGAUCGGGUUUCUACAGAGUCUUUAUGUGACUGGAAAGGUCUAAAACCGCAUGUUAAGUUCCCGAGUUACUACAAUUUUCUUCAUUCUAAAAUUAUCCCACGCAAGUUGGUCACAUACUUUGCUGUCGAAAGACUGGAAUCUGCUUGCUACAUUUCCGCUGCAUUUCUUCGCGCUCAUACAAUUGCACAGCAGCAAUUGUUUGACUUUUUAGGGGAGAGUAAUAUUGGUUCCAUUGUAAUCAAUGAAAGUAAAAGGGAAGGAGAGGCUGCGAAAGAGUUCUUGGAAAAUGUCCGAUCUUCACUUCCGCAGGUUCUCCGUGUUGUGAAAACAAAACAAGUAACACAUUCAGUGCUGAAUCAUUUACUCGAUUACAUUCAAAACCUUGAGAAGAUUGGCUUGUUGGAAGAAAAAGAAAUCGCUCAUCUUCAUGAUGCUGUCCAGACUGGCUUGAAGAAGCUUUUGAGAAACCCUCCGAUGAUAAAACUUCCAAAAUUAAGCGACAUGAUCACCUCACAUCCGUUAUCUGUUGCUCUUCCAUCUGCAAUAUGUGAACCUCUAAAACACUCGAAAAAAGAACCAAUGAAGCUGCGUGGUGUCACGCUUUAUAAAGAAGGCUCAAAGCCAAAUGGAGUCUGGCUUAUUUUCGAUGGCAUUGUUAAGUGGAAAAGCAAAAGCUUAAGCAACAAUCACUCGCUGCAUCCAACUUUUUCUCAUGGUAGUACAUUGGGACUCUACGAAGUCCUCACCGGGAAGCCAUAUAUGUGCGACAUGAUUACAGAUUCCAUGGUUCUUUGUGUUUUUAUCGAUAGCGAAAAAAUUCUCUCAAUUCUACAAUCAGACUCUACCGUCGAUGAUUUCCUUUGGCAGGAAAGUGCAUUGGUUCUUCUCAAACUCUUGCGUCCUCAGAUAUUCGAAAAAGUGGCAAUGCAAGAAUUACGAGCACUUGUUUCUGCUGAAAGCCCGAAACUGACGACAUAUGUAUCUGGAGAAUCAAUUGAAAUCAAUUAUAACAACGUUGGUUUGUUAUUAGAAGGAUUCGUAAAACCAGUUGGUAUCCAAGAAGAGCUUAUAGCAUCUCCCGCUGCAUUACUACCUUUUAACGGGAAUCAGAGCUUCCAUAAUUCAUCUGAAGCCACAGGUAUCAUGAGAGUGAGUUUCUCGCAACAAGGAACACAAUACAGUGUGGAAACAAGGGCAAGAGCAAUCGUCGUCAACAUUGGAGCAUUUGGAGCUGAUAGGACUCUACAUCGAAGACCAUCUUCGUUAACACCACCACGUAGCUCAAGCUCUGAUCAGCUUCAGAGAUCAUUUCGUAAAGAACACAAAGGACUCAUGAGCUGGCCUGAAAGUAUUUACAAAGCCAAAAAACAACAAGAGAUCAACAGAGCAACAUUAAGUAUAUCUGAACGAGCAAUGCAACUCAGCAUUUUUGGCAGCAUGGUUAAUCUGUACAGAAGGAGUGCAAGUUUCGGUGGGAUAUAUAAUAACAAGUCACAAGAUAACUUAUCGUACAAGAAACUUCCAUUAAACUCAGCUCAAGGUCUCGUAUCAGCCAGAUCAGAAGGUUCAAUUGUGACCAAGAAGCAGCUUGAUACACGUAAGUAUCCGUGUCAGCUUCCACUGCAAGCGGAAAGCAGCACAAGGCGAACAAGGAUGGAAGAAUCAAGCGAUGAUGAAGAAGAUGAAGGGAUCGUCGUGAGAAUCGACUCUCCGAGUAAAAUCGUUUUCAGGAACGAUCUAUGAGCAUAGAGAUGUUUGUAAACAAAACAAAACAAAAAAUGCUAGCUUACUCAUUCUUAGUGCAAAAGCAAAAGAAUAAAAAGCAAAUAUAUCUUCUUAACGAAUCAAGGUUUUUUUCUUUCUGUCUACCACACUUUGGUGAGUAUAUAACUUCUUUUGUUAAAACAAUAUCUGCCAAUUUUGUAAAGAAAAAUAAUCAUA